AUGGAGCUCGAUAAUGAUAACUUUGCUAUGAUAAAUGAUCCCGUAUGCUCAGAAGACAGUUCUGUCAAGUUACUUUAUUCAAAGUCAAAAGUUUAUGUUCAUCCUUCAAAUCAAGUCCAAGACUUUGUACCAGGUUACUUGACGAUUAUUGAUAAAAUAUCACAUGGUCACUAUGUGGCAUGGACACCUGAAGCAUGUAUACCAAGCAAAGACGUCGAAUCAUUUGUUCAGAUUGAUUUUAACCCAGAAAAUAAACAAGACAUCCACUCCUCAACCCUCGUAUCUUCCUUACCAGAGUCACAUCAACUCUACGCAUUCUCUUCCCAUGUAAAUACUAUUCAAUCUCUCGUUAUUAAUCCACCCUCCUUUUCUACUUGGUAUGGUCACAUCGUUAUCAACUUUAAAGAUGGUCAUACAUCAGGCCCAUUUUGGUUUCAUGACGAUGAAAGCGUAAGCACAAUCUAUCAAAAGAAUACCCAAGGAGGCAAAUUUGCUGAAGAGGAUGAGCAGCUCAGAUGGGGUGGCGAUGAAUUUGUCGAGGUGCUUUCAAAAUCAAUACCCGAUCCAUGCUUAUAUAUUAUAGGUCAAGAGCCUAUCACUGCUACUUCUCAUACAAAUAAUGUAUUCGAAUCGGCUCAAAUGGACCCAUUUAUCGCUACGCUUAAGGAAGCCCGCUGGUCUAUCCUUUCAACACUGUCCAAAGUGACCAAGUUUUCUCGAGAAGCUGCCAACCAUCUCUUUAUAUCACAGUCUAAUGACCUGACCGAGAACGAAACGGUUCGACGCACCAUGGAUGAUUAUGAUUCAGCACGUAUCUUUUUAGCAAAAUGGGCGGCUGGGCUCGCAGAUGAAUCUGAAAAGGCCACGCCAGAUGAAAGAAAGUAUCGUCAUGUCGGCAUCUGGGGACAUGGUUGGGAAGAAGAGACAGCAUUGGGGGUAUUUGAAAUAUUAAACUCCGACAAUGAUCUUUCAAUACCUACCCAUACUCGAACAGGGCCUGUUUCUUCACAGGCCUGGAAUGGUUUCUUUGACACACAAGGUAAACUAGCAGUGGGUGAGCCUGUAGUGCGUAAGAGGAUAUUUUGUGGUGGUGUCGUUCCUGAGAUUAGAAAAGAAGUUUGGUUAUUCUUGACAGGGGUCUAUCCUUGGGAUUCUACUAAAGAAGAACGACGGUUGAUUGUCGAAAAGAAAAUGAAAGAGUACGAAUCAUUAAAGAGCCAAUGGCUAAAUGAUCAAGACUAUCAAAGUACACCCUUAUUUCAAGAUCAAAAACAUAGGAUAGAUAAAGAUGUUCAUAGAACAGACCGUACCCUUGACCUUUAUGCAGAGGAAAAUAUGGAGAAUCCUAACCCAUCGACAAUGCAUAGUGGAACGAAUAAGCAUUUGGAAAUCUUGAAGGGCAUCUUGUUGACGUAUAAUGUCUACAACACGACAUUGGGAUAUGUACAAGGCAUGUCUGAUCUACUGUCUCCUAUUUAUGCUGUUAUGGGCGAAGAGUAUUUGGCAUUCUGGUCAUUUGUUGGCUAUAUGGAGCGUAUGAAAUCCAACUUUUGCACUGACCAAUCUGGUAUGCAUCAUCAACUGCUCAUCUUGGACCAUAUGCUUCAGUUUAUGGACCCAGCCUUGUGGCUGUUAGUCUGGUAUAAACGAGAAUUUCCUUGGGUCGAUAUGCUCGUUUUAUGGGAAGUGCUCUGGACGGAUUACUUGACAGACAAAUUCUAUUUGUUUAUAGCACUGGCUAUACUUGAUAAGCAUCGUGAUUAUAUCAUUGAAUACUUGAAAAACUUUGAUGAAAUACUUAAAUACAUCAAUGAUUUAUCUAUGAGAAUAGAUCUUCAAGAUAUUCUUCAACGUGCAGAGAUUUUGUUUUAUCAAUUCAAACAGAGGUUAAAUGCUGUCGAUAACAAGAGAAAUCAGUUACAGCAAAAGUUAUCUAGCUCAACCAUGACACGCCAACAGAGACAAGAAGUCCAGCAAGAUUUACAAAAAUUACCCUUGAUUGAUGAUGUUUUGCGUGAACUUGUCAAGCAAUAA